AUGACAAGCUUCAUUGUGCUCUUGACCUUGGCGGUCGGAGCUCUUCUCGCGUUUUGGCGGGUCUAUCUGUCCCCGUGGGCGUCUUUCCCGGGGCCAAAACUGGGGGCCCUCACCUCAUGGUAUGCGUGGUAUUGGCAGGUCUACAAGAAAGGACAGCUCACCAGCCAUCUUGAAGAUCUCCAUGAAGUAUACGGUCCGGUGGUCCGCUAUGGGCCGAAGCACAUCCAUUUUAACGAUCCGGCUCUCUACAAGGAGAUUUACCGCUGGAAUCCUACAUACGGGAAAGACCCUGCAUUCUACGGAACACCACGAUAUUGCUCCUCCUUCCGAGAAACCAGCAUCGAAAAACAUGCCACUCGCCGCCAGGUCCUUUCGCGGAUGUUCAGCCCGACUGCCGUUCGGCAACGUAUGCCGAUAAUUGCGCAGCACUGUGAUAAAAUGCUACAGAAGCUAAGUGGCCUCACUCAGGCGGGAUAUACCAAGGUCAAUGUCUUCAAUCUGAGUCGGUCAGUUGCCGCGGAUGUGCUAUCGGCAUAUAUAUCCGGGGCCACGUUUGGAUGCAUGGACGACGAUGAAAAGGGAUUUGAUGGCGGCUUUGUGCGUGCUAUUCAACAUACGAGCGAUACAUACUUUGACGAUCGUAACCCCUUCCUGGUCCGGUGGAGGUCAAUAAAGCAACGGUUCAGCGGCCAUCCCCCAGUGAUGGAUGAGACAUUGAACGAACUCAUUUUCUCCGAUGGUUUAGUGGAGGAUUAUCUAGCUAGGCGAGAGUCUCUGGCAGAGAGUGAAGAUCAAUCCGUUUUCUCUAUCUUGCUGCGCUCGGGGGUUACAAAGAACUUUAACCCACUCUCUAAGCCCGAGCUGAUUGCCGAGGGGAGGAGUCUUCUUGCAGCGGGAGUGAACACUGUCGGCUUCACAUUGUCAGCCACGUUGUAUUAUAUUGCACGAGACAAGAAUGUUCAACUGAACCUGCAAACCGAACUCGAUGUAUACCAAACUGGAAUUGCUGGGGACGGCCCUAAGCAAUUUGCGGAUUUGCCAUACCUGGCUGCAUGUAUCAAGGAAGGAUAUCGUCUCUCAGGGACUGUGAAAUGCAGCCUACCUCGAGUCGCCGGGAAGCAAGGCGCACGUGUUGGGGACUACUUUGUCCCAGAAGGAACAGUAUUCGGAAUGGGAAGCGGUGCAUGCCAUCUGUCUCCGGGGGUGUUUGAAAAGCCCUUGGAAUUUAUGCCCAUGCGAUGGAUCAACAAUGAUCCAGGGAAAAUUCAGGCAAUGAAUGCCAACCUCCAUCCAUAUAGCCGUGGGCCAAGGGAAUGCUUGGGUAAAGAGCUUGCGCAUGCCGUUAUCUGUGUUAUAAUCGCAGGUCUACUUCAGAAAAACACAUUGGCAAUCCCUGGCACGGCCAAGGAAAUCGAUCGUAUCUCCACCUUCGAGACAUUGCCCAGAGAAGGCCGUAUCGAUCUUCUUAUCCGCCCCCGAUGA